UUAAGGAAACAAACCAGUAUUUUCAUUUAUCCGGUGCUGUAUUCACUUCCUUCUUCAUUUUCUUCUGCACCCAAAAAUCAAAAUCUCCCCUUUUCAACCCAAUUUUCGCCAUAAACCCUAGAUUCACCGAACCCACCGACAAAGAAGGAACCCGGCGACUCAAAACACAGUUUUUCUGCUCCGAGGUUGUCGGGUGGGGGCAUGGCCAUGUGUUUCCUUCGAGGAAAUUGAUGAUUUUGCAGAACACCCGGUCUUGUUUCGUCUGUGGGAUCAACGUGAAGGAAGGAAAGUAACGAGCUUUGGGGCUGAAUCGUGGUGGGUUUGUGGAGUAUGCAUAGAUCUGGAGCUACGAUGGCGUGGAACGUGUUCAAGUUCUGCACUGCCCUGCGAGGAUUGGGCUCGAUCAUGAUUCUGUUGGUUCUUGGGGUCGUUGGUGUGACUUAUUAUGCUGUUGUUUUGACCAAUUUUGGCCCUGCUUUGUCUGCUGGAGGACUUGAUUCUCUUGUUGCCGUGCUAGUGUUGAUCUUGUUUCAUAGUUUGUUGGUUAUGCUGUUGUGGAGUUACUUCUCUGUUGUUUUUACUGAUCCUGGGAGCGUUCCUCCUAACUGGAGGCCUACAAUUGAUGAGGAAAGAGGAGAGGCUGAUCCGCUGGUUGGGACGGAGUUUAGUAACGUGCAGGCUGAUCCCAAUCAACGGAUUCGGUACUGUCGGAAGUGCAAUCAGCUCAAGCCACCUCGAUGCCACCAUUGUUCAGUUUGUGGGCGCUGUGUUUUGAAGAUGGACCACCAUUGUGUGUGGGUAGUCAACUGUGUUGGAGCUCUAAAUUACAAGUAUUUCCUUCUCUUCUUGUUCUACACAUUUCUUGAGACGACUCUGGUGACUGCAUCCUUACUGCCACAUUUUAUUGCAUUCUUUAGUGAUGGAGAAAUCCCUGGAACACCUGGCUCUCUUGCUACAACUUUUCUUGCUUUUGUUUUAAACCUGGCCUUUGCACUAAGUGUCUUGGGAUUUCUCAUCAUGCACAUAUCUUUGGUGGCUGCUAAUACUACCACUAUUGAGGCUUAUGAGAAGAAAACUACUCCAAAAUGGCGUUAUGACCUUGGUCGUCGAAAAAAUUUUGAGCAGGUUUUUGGAAUGGACAAGAAGUACUGGUUCAUUCCUUCAUAUUCAGAUGAGGAUAUCCGAAAGAUGCCAGCUCUACAAGGUCUUGACUAUCCUUCAAAACCUGACUUUGAUUCCCAAUAGUUCUAAAAGCUAAUAUAUAUUCACUUCAUGUGACAAAAGACAUGGGGAGACUCCACAACCAUCUACUUCCACUUUCUAACACAAUGUAGCCUGUAAGUAAAUGUGGCCCCCAGCGAUUCAUCUACACAGACACCUAGUAUGAUGUUUUGUUUUGUAUUUUUUUUUUGAAAUUGUUUUUUUAAGGUGCUUGUGUCAUGUUGAAAUGAAGGAAGCAAUGGGGGCCAAGGUAGUGUGAUGCUGGUUUCUGGGGCUAAUGUGUUUAUGUUCCCAUAAUGAUAGGAACUGUUUUCCCAAGCAAUGCAAUAUUCUUCUUACAUUUCCUUUGUAUUCUGGUUGAGUGAAAUAACAAUCCCUUUUUGUGCUGGAA